UUCUUCUUCAUCACUCACUCUCUCUCUCUCUCUUCUCCACAACCAAACAUGGCCUCUCCACUCUCACUCUCCCUCAUCCUCACCGUCUUUCUCUUCCUUUCUCCUUCACCAUCUUCCUCAUCAGAGCUCGACAUUCUCCUCGACAUCAAAUCCUCUCUUGACCCACAAAAACGCUUCCUCACUUCAUGGACUCCCGACGCCGACCCUUGCUCCCCCGGCUCUUUCGACGGUGUUGCUUGCGAUGGAAACCGCCGCGUUGCUAACAUAUCUCUCCAAGGAAUGGGUCUAACGGGAACUAUCUCUCCUUCCAUCGGUCUUCUCACUAGCUUAACCGGUUUAUACCUUCAUUUCAACUCCUUAACCGGUCAGAUUCCUAAAGACAUCUCAAACUUGCCUCUCCUCACUGAUUUAUACCUCAAUGUCAAUAAUCUCUCCGGCGAAAUCCCUCCUCAGAUCGGAAACUUAGACAAUCUUCAAGUUCUUCAGCUAUGUUACAACAAGUUAAGUGGGAGUAUACCGACACAGUUAGGUUCUCUCAAGAAGAUAACUGUCUUGGCUUUGCAGUAUAACCAACUCUCCGGCGCUGUUCCCGCGAGUCUAGGCGAUGUUGGUACGUUAACUAGGCUAGAUUUGAGCUUCAACGAUCUCUUUGGUCCUGUUCCGGUGACACUCGCUGCCGCUCCUCUGCUUCAAGUUCUAGACAUUCGUAACAACUCCUUCUCCGGCUUUGUUCCCUCUGCUUUGAAGAGGCUAAACAAUGGGUUCCAGUACUCAAACAACCACGGUUUAUGCGGAGAUGGGUUCGCUGAUCUGAAAGCUUGUACCGGUUCUAACGUACCGAACCUAAACCAUCCCGACCCAACAAACCCAAAGAGUUUCAUAGCAACAAAUAAUGUGAAACCAGAGUCUGCAGUAGUACAACGAAGCAACUGCACUAACAACAACAAUGGCGCGUGCUCAUCAAAAACCACAAAGACCUCAUCUACAGGAGUCGUCAUGGGACUAAUAGGAUCAAUACUCGCAGUUGCAAUCUUCGGUGGCUCAACGUUCACAUGGUACAGACGAAGGAAACAGAGGAUAGGAAGCAGUCUCGAUGCUGCUAUGGACGGUAGGAUAAGCACUGAGUACAACUUCAAAGAAGCUUCUAGAAGAAAAAGCUCUUCUCCGUUGAUCAGCUUAGAGUACGCCAACGGUUGGGAUCCGUUAGGGAGAGGACAGAACAGUGGUGACAACAGUAGUGCCUUGUCUCAAGAAGUCUUCGAGAGCUUUAUGUUCAAUCUCGAGGAGAUCGAGAGAGCUACUCAGAGCUUCUCUGAGGUUAACUUGUUGGGGAAGAGUAACGUCUCUUCGGUUUACAAAGGUAUCCUUAGAGAUGGCUCUGUUGCAGCAAUCAAAUGUAUCGCGAAAUCGAGCUGUAAAUCUGAUGAAUCCGAGUUCCUCAGAGGGUUGAAGAUGUUGACGCUGCUGAAGCAUGAGAACUUAGUGAGGCUGAGAGGGUUUUGUUGCUCUAAAGGGAGAGGAGAGUGUUUCCUUAUCUACGAGUUUGUCCCUAAUGGUAAUCUUUCGCAGUAUCUGGACGUGAAGGAUGAGAGUGGAGAGGUUCUUGAAUGGACUACUCGAGUCUCCAUCAUAAAUGGAAUCGCCAAAGGUAUUGUUUACUUGCAUGGAGAAAAUGGGAAGAAGCCAUCAAUAGUUCAUCAGAAUCUAUCAGCAGAGAAGAUUCUCAUUGAUCAUUGGUACAAUCCGUACCUUGGGGAUUCUGGUCUACACAAGCUUUUCACGGAUGAUAUCGUUUUCUCGAAGCUCAAAGCAAGCGCUGCGAUGGGAUACUUAGCUCCUGAGUACAUAACUACAGGAAGGUUCACUGACAAGAGCGACGUCUAUGCCUUUGGUAUGAUUCUGUUGCAGAUACUCAGUGGUAAAAGCAAAAUCAGCCAUUUGAUGAUCUCACAAGCUGUGGAGUCUGGACGAUUGAACGAAGACUUCAUUGAUCCGAACCUUCGGAUGAGCUUUCCUGAGGCAGAAGCUGCUCAGCUCGCUAGACUUGGUCUUCUAUGCACUCAUGAAUCCUCCAACCAGAGACCAUCCAUGGAAGAUGUUAUGCAAGAACUGAAUAAACUCGCUGCGAGUUAUUAGUUUCAAAGUUAACAUGAUUUUUUUUCUUAGUCUCACCAAAUGUUUCAGAAUAUCACCCACUCCCUGAUAUUAGCUCUCAUUAGGUUCCUCAUGAUGUAACAUCUUUUCUCUCCUUGCAACUGUAGCUGAUGUAUGUAGGCUGUAAAAACAAGAGCUUUUUAAGACAUUUUGAAUGAUCUUGUGAGAAGCAGCUUUUAAGAAAACUA